AUGCCGGUGCUCUUUCUGAUGCUCAUCACCGUGCUCAACGACGGCACCCUCAUCACCGUGGCCUACGACAACGUCAACCCCAGCAAGGUCCCCGAGAAGUGGCACCUCAAGGCGCUCUGGGCCGUCUCGACCGUGCUGUCCAUCACCGCGCUGCUGUCGUCCCUUCUGCUGCUGUGGGCCGCACUCGACUCCUGGAACCCCCACGGCCUCUUCCACAAGCUGGGCCUGCCCGGGAUGCAGUUUGACCAGAUCGUCACCAUGAUCUACCUCAAGGUCUCCCUGUCCGACUUCCUGACCCUCUUCAGCGCCCGCACCCACAACGGCUUCUUCUGGACCUCCGUCCCCAGCUGGAUGCUGCUCACGGGGGCCACCAUCUCAAUGGGCAUCUCCACCCUCAUUGCCUGCAUGUGGCCGCCGGGCGUGGCCACGUUCUGGACCGACGGGAUCCCCUGCCGCGGCCUGGCGCUGGGGGAGUACAAGCUCUGGGCCCUGUGGGUGUGGAUCUACUGCAUUGUCUGGUGGUGGAUCCAGGACCUCUGCAAGGUGGGCGCCUACUGGGUCAUCCGCCGCUACAACCUGUUCGGCGUCAACACCGCCACCCUGGUCAACAUGCGCGACAAGACCACAUUCGGCGACAAGGACUCCCUGGCGCGCAUGUCGGCCGGCAUGGUCGAGGGGAAGCUGCUGGAGAAGCAGGUCGAGCGGGCCGCCGACACCGUCGCCCGCGUCGCGCGCGCCUCCAACGACCCCGCCAUCCGCCGCGCCAGCCAGGGCAUCGACGUCGUCCGUACCAGCGUUCGCGUCGCGCGCGACAGCCUCGGCGCCACGACUGGCGCGGCCAAGGACCCGGAGACCGGCGCGGCCACCAGUGCGGCCGCGAGCCUCGGGCGCAUGCAGGCGACGGUGGCCCAGAUUGAGAGGGCGCUGGAGGCGGCGCCCCCCGCGGAGCGCGAGCUGAUCCAGAUUCAGCUCGACGCGGUCCGCGCGACCGCGGAGCGCCUGGCCGCAAUCGACCGGCAGAUGCGCGCGGAGCGGCGCUGA